CUCUAUUUACCCUUUAAGACAAUCAGCACGCCAACGCCAAAAUGCUGUCUAUUCUGAGAAAAGCCCGACUAAAAGAUAAAGAGAUGAGAAUAUUGAUGCUCGGUCUUGAUAAUGCCGGAAAGACCACGAUAGUCAAGCGGAUUAUGAAGGAGGAUGUCACCACUGUUAGCCCAACGUUGGGGUUUAUCAUCAAAACUAUUGAUUUUCAAGGAUACAAACUCAAUAUUUGGGAUGUAGGAGGGCAGAGGACAUUGCGCUCAUACUGGAAAAAUUACUUCGAGAAGACCGAUACUUUAGUCUGGGUUGUUGAUGCAACAGAUCGUCUGAGAAUCGAUGAUUGCCGGGAUGAACUUGCAGGCCUUCUUCUCGAAGAGCGACUGACUGGAGCAAGUCUUUUGAUAUUUCUAAAUAAGACUGACGUUGAAGGCUGCAUGACAGAGGAUGAAGUCCACAAGCGGCUUGAACUUGAAUCGAUCAAGACCCAUAAAUGGACGAUAUUGCCCUGCAGUGCUAUGACGGGAAAGAAUCUCCAUGAGGGUCUAGAAUGGGUCGUACAGGAUGCAAAGGACAGACUAUUUCUUUAUUGAAAACAAUACUUGAUAAGUUUAAUGCUAAGUAAUAAUGGACACUAGUCAACAUGAGCGCUGUCCCC